AUGUGCCGAACCCAGGCCCUCGCCGAUGUGGCAGGUGGGGUCAACGUGCAGAGCCGCGAGCUUCUCCCCGCCAAUGUCAUCCCACGGCACUACCACAUCACGCUCGAGCCCGACUUUAAGAAGCUGACCUUUGACGGUACCGUGCUCAUUGAUCUCGACGUUGUCGACGACUCUACCUCGGUCUCCUUCCACUCGCUCGACAUUGAAAUCCACAAGGUCGAGAUCAGCUCGGGUGGCCAGACUAUCAGCUCGUUCCCUACCGUGUCGUACAACGAGGAUACCCAAGUCACCAAGGUCGACUUCGACAAUGCCGUCACCAAGGGGAGCAAGGCUCAGCUUGAGCUCAAGUUUACUGGUCACCUCAACGACAAGAUGGCCGGCUUCUACCGGUCGACCUACAAGAAACCUGACGGUAGCGAAGGCGUGAUGGCCGUAACUCAGAUGGAGCCUACCGACGCCCGCCGCGCUUUCCCCUGCUUCGACGAGCCGUCUCUCAAGGCCGAGUUUACCGUCACACUCAUUGCCGACAAGAACCUGACGUGCCUCAGCAACAUGGACGUUGCGUCCGAGUCCGAGGUCACCUCCAGCACCGGCGGAAGCAGCAAGAAGGCCGUCACCUUCAACAAGUCCCCUCUCAUGUCCACAUACCUGGUGGCGUUUAUCGUCGGUGAGUUGAACUACAUCGAGACCAACGACUUCCGUGUUCCUGUCCGCGUGUACGCCCCCCCUGGGUAUGACAUCGAGCAUGGCCGUUUCUCGCUUGAUCUGGCCGCCAAGACGUUGGCGUUCUACGAAAAUGUUUUCGGCAUCGACUUCCCUCUACCCAAGAUGGACCAGAUUGCCAUUGCCGAUUUUGCCCAGGGUGCUAUGGAGAACUGGGGUCUCGUUACCUACCGGGUUGUUGACCUUCUUCUGGAUGAGAAGGUCAGCGGCGCCGCGACAAAGGAGCGGGUUGCCGAGGUAGUUCAGCAUGAACUUGCUCACCAGUGGUUUGGAAACCUCGUCACCAUGGACUGGUGGGAUGGUUUGUGGCUGAACGAGGGGUUUGCUACGUGGGCGUCUUGGUACUCUUGCAAUGUCUUCUUCCCAGACUGGAAAGUGUGGGAAGGCUAUGUUACGGACAGUCUCCAGCGCGCCCUCUCCCUCGACUCUCUCCGGAGCAGUCAUCCGAUCGAGGUUCCUGUCAAGAAGGCAGACGAGAUUAACCAGAUCUUUGACGCCAUCUCAUACUCUAAGGGAUCUUGCGUUCUGAGAAUGAUCGCAACCUAUCUCGGCGAGGAUGCCUUCCUCGAGGGCGUGAGGCAUUAUCUCAAGAAACACGCCUACGGAAACACGCAGACCGGCGAUUUGUGGGCGUCCCUGAGCGAGGUGAGUGGUAAGGACGUUGAGGGUGUGAUGAAGGUGUGGACCAAGAACAUUGGGUUCCCGGUUGUCGCUGUCACGGAGAAGGAUGACAAGACCAUCCACCUGAAGCAAAACAGAUUCCUUCGCACUGGCGACACGAAGCCAGAGGAAGAUACCGUCCUGUACCCCGUCUUCCUGGGCCUCCGGACCAAGGACGGGGUUGAUGAAACGCUGGCACUGGACAAGCGGGAGGGCGAAUUCCGGGUUUCGAGCACAGACUUUUUCAAGCUGAACGCAAACCACACUGGACUGUACCGCACAUCAUACACACCUGAGCGGCUCGAGAAGCUGGGCAGUGCGGCCAAGCAGGGGCUGCUGAGCGUUGAGGACCGGGCGGGCAUGAUCGCUGACGCGGGUGCUCUUGCCACGUCUGGAUACCAAAAGACCUCUGGUGUAUUGAACCUUCUGAAAGGGUUUGACUCGGAGACCGAGUUUGUCGUUUGGAGCGAGAUCAUCUCUCGUGUCGCAACCAUUCAGGGGGCUUGGAUGUUUGAGGACAAGUGGGUUCGGGAUGGACUGGAGAAGUUCCAGCUGGAGCUCGUGAGUGCCAAGGCCCACGAGAAGGGCUGGGAGUUUUCUGAGAGUGAUGGGCAUAUUGAGCAACAGUUCAAGGCCAUGCUUUUCGGAAAUGCCGGUAUUUGCGGCGACAAGAUCAUCAUUCAAGCAGCCAAGGAGAUGUUUGCCAAGUACAUGGAUGGAGACAAGUCGGCCAUCCAUCCCAACAUCAGGGGUAGCGUGUUUAGCAUGGCCCUGAGGUAUGGUGGCAAAGAAGAGUAUGAUGCCGUCCUCAACUUUUACCGCACCUCGACCAACAGCGACGAGCGAAACACGGCUCUGCGUUGCUUAGGGCGGUCUAAGGACCCGGAGCUCAUCAAGCAAACGCUGUCGCUGCUCUCGGGCAACGAGGUCAAGGACCAGGAUAUCUACAUGCCUACGGCCGGCCUCCGCAGCCACGCCGAGGGUGUCGAGGCGCUGUUCGCGUGGAUGGAAGAGCACUGGGACGAGCUGGUCGUGAGACUGCCGCCCGCGCUGUCCAUGCUUGGGUCGAUGGUGACCAUCUUCACGUCAAGCUUCACCAAGAAGGAGCAGCUGGAGAAGGUUGAGAAGUUCUUCGCGGACAAGAGCACCAACGGCUUUGACCAGUCUUUGGCCCAGAGCCUGGACGCGGUCCGAUCUAAGAUCUCGUGGAUUGAGCGCGACGGCGCAGAUGUGGCUGCGUGGGUAAAGGACAACGGCUACAGUUCGUGA